AUGAAUACUGGCUGGGAGCGAAGCAAUGAGCAGUGUUUUCGACAUGAUUUCCUGCUAUCAAGAACUGCUUCAUGAGAGGAAACUUAAGAAAAGGCAGUCAAAUCUCGAUGCCUACUUGAAGAAGAAGCCAAAGUUAGAGGAGGACCAACAGCCUGGUCCCUACUCUGAAAUGUAACCACCACCCACUUCCCUCCGCUACUGCUGUGAUGUGUUGGUGCUCCACUGAUGUACAGAGUAAUAAAUUAGAGAGGACUGACCGCAUUGAAGCCAGUGAUAAUGUGAAGGUUGUGGUACGCUGCCGGCCGAUGAAUGAAAAAGAAAGGACUAUGGGACAUAGACAAGUGGUGAAUGUGGAUGAGAUACGAGGAACAAUCACAGUUUAUAAGACAGAUGCUUCCAAUGAGCCACCAAAAACAUUCACUUUUGAUACAGUCUUCGGUCCAGAGAGCAAGCAAGUAGAUGUGUACAAUCUCACAGCAAGACCCAUUGUUGAUUCUGUUCUGGAAGGCUAUAAUGGCACGGUAUUUGCUUAUGGACAAACUGGCACUGGGAAGACAUUCACUAUGGAAGGAGUACGGGCAGUGCCUGAACUUAGGGGAAUUAUUCCCAAUUCAUUUGCUCACAUAUUUGGCCACAUUGCAAAGUCUGAGGGAGAUACCAGAUUCCUUGUACGAGUAUCUUACCUGGAAAUUUAUAAUGAGGAGGUUCGCGAUCUUCUUGGAAAGGAUCAGAGCCAGAGACUGGAGGUUAAGGAACGGCCUGAUGUUGGAGUAUAUAUUAAAGAUCUCUCUGGCUAUGUAGUUAACAAUGCUGAUGACAUGGAUCGUAUUAUGACUUUGGGAAAUAAGAACCGUUCUGUUGGUGCUACAAAUAUGAAUGAGCACAGCUCACGUUCUCAUGCUAUUUUCACCAUUACUAUUGAGUGUAGUGAAAAAGGAAUAGAUGGAAAUAUUCACGUACGCAUGGGCAAACUACACCUUGUGGAUCUUGCUGGUUCAGAACGACAAGGAAAGACUGGGGCCACAGGGCAGCGAUUAAAAGAAGCAACAAAGAUUAACCUCUCACUAUCCACCCUUGGUAAUGUUAUCUCAGCUCUUGUUGAUGGUAAAAGUACACAUGUGCCCUACCGUAAUUCCAAGUUGACACGUUUACUUCAGGAUUCAUUAGGAGGAAAUUCAAAGACUAUGAUGUGUGCAAACAUUGGACCAGCAGAUUACAAUUAUGAUGAAACUAUCAGUACUUUACGAUAUGCAAACAGAGCAAAGAAUAUAAAGAAUAAAGCCAGAAUUAAUGAAGACCCUAAAGAUGCUCUAUUGCGUCAGUUCCAGAAGGAAAUUGAAGAUCUCAGAAAUAAACUGAAAGAAGGUGAAGAAAUCUCUGGUUCAGAAAUAAGUGGUUCUGAAGAUGAAGAAGAAGAAGAAGAAGGGGAAAAUGGAGAGGGAGGAGAGAAAAAAAAGAAAAGAAAAGAUCAAGCAGGAAGGAAGAAGGUAUCUCCUGAAAAGAUGGCGGAAAUGCAGGCAAAGAUUGAUGAAGAGAGAAAAGUUCUUGAAGCCAAGCUUGACAUGGAGGAGGAAGAAAGAAACAAAGCAAGAGCAGAGCUAGAGAAGAGAGAAAAAGACCUGCUGAAAGCACAGCAAGAACAUCAGUCUUUGUUGGAAAAAUUGUCAGCUCUAGAGAAGAAGGUGAUCGUGGGAGGAGUGGAUCUUUUGGCAAAAGCUGAAGAGCAAGAGAGGCUGCUGGAUGAAUCUAAUUGUGAACUGGAAGCUCGCCGGAAUCGCGCAGAACAACUUAGAAAGGAGUUGGAGGAAAAAGAGCAAGAACGUCUAGACAUUGAGGAGAAGUAUACCAGUUUGCAGGAGGAGGCACAAGGUAAAACAAAGAAACUGAAGAAAGUUUGGACAAUGCUGAUGGCAGCAAAAUCGGAGAUGGCAGACUUGCAACAAGAACAUCAACGUGAAAUCGAAGGACUGCUGGAGAAUGUAAGACAGCUAGGCCGAGAGCUCAGACUCCAGAUGCUGAUUGUUGACAACUUUAUUCCUCAUGAAUACCAGGAGAUGAUUGAAAACUACGUACACUGGAAUGAAGACAUUGGAGAGUGGCAGCUGAAAUGUGUGGCAUAUACAGGAAACAAUAUGAGAAAACAGACACCGGUCCCUGACAAAACGGAAAAAGAUCCAUUUGAAGUGGAUCUAUCUCAUGUUUACUUGGCCUACACUGAAGAGAGUCUACGUCAGUCAUUAAUGAAACUGGAGCGACCAAGAACUUCAAAAAGUGGAAAAUCCAGACCCAAAACCGGAAGAAAGAAGCGCUCGACAAAAGCUGAAGCUGGAAUUGACUCUCUCCUUCAAUGACCAAAAGACUAGGCUGACAAGUGAACUUUUGUUUUAGAUGCGAUAUGUUGUAGGACAUUAAUAAGUGGUCUGUGAUGUCUCAACAUGAACUUUUCUUGAAUCCACAUAUACUGGUCUAUGAGGAAAAGGUCUGAAGUUCUUGAUAGUAGAAUGCCCUGAGAUCAAGUUUUGUUAUCUAAUAUUGUGAGAUUCUGUUCUUUAGUUAUUCAUGAUAUUGGUCUUGGCUUAUUGUCUUAUUAGUGAAAAAUAUUCAGCAGGCAGCUAACCUGUUAAUUAAAACAUUACCUGCUUUUGACGGAAAAUCAAAACACCAAUUAACACUUUCAGAGACUUCCUGAAACUCAAAGGACUUGAGGUUUUCUACAACAGGUACCAAGUAACUUUGUUUAGUUGCAACCGUUACCUCUGUCAUUUUGUUUUCAUUCUGAAGUGUAUAGACUUUCAAGUUCAAACUUGCUAUAAUUUUUACCACCAGUUCUUGUUUAAAGCCUUGUCCGCUCUAUUGUUGUAAUAUGUCAAUGCUUUUCUGAUUGUGUUCAGUGUUGUAGAUUAGGUGAUUAAUACUUUGAUGCAUAAUAUGGCUCCUUUAUUUGUAUAAAGGAGUAUAUUAUCUAUUAACCUUUAGCUUGGGGUUGCAGGAGGGGGAAGAAAUAUUUAUUAAAAAUUGUUCAGUUAAAUUGUUCACAUUCUAUUCCUUCUUCAGAAGGUACAUGGAGAGACUAUAGAAGAAGUUCACAAAGAUUAGAGUUCUGGAGAGCCACAGAAAGUGGCACUUUCAUGAGAUGGUGGGGGUCAAGAAGAAAUUAGGGAAAGCUUUGGGAAUAUAAUGGUGGAUGAGGUAUCAUUUCUUCUGUUGAUUUAUACUCAGGAAAAGUUAGUCAUUCUUCAGAACUGUAAGAGAAUAGUGGAGGAUUAUUUUAUGGUAAGGUACUUAACAUUGGAAUACAGCAACUAAAAAGGGUAGAAACUAAGUUUUGUAAAAUGUUUCAAAAGGCAAUUGAAUCACUGAACCAAAAAUAAACAAGGAAUGAAGAAUGGGCAGUGAAAUAGACUUAAUGGAUCGUCACAUUUGCACUGGGCUGUAUGGCCUAGUACUGUGACAUUCUUGGAUUCUGCCUUCUCAAAGUUAUUUAUAUUAAGAGUCAGUUAUUUGCAGCAACUUAGUGCAUGGUAAAUAAGUUAAAGCAAUCUGUGUACUGGCAACUGUUAACUAGGAAAAUUGUGGAAGUACAAAUAGGAAACAAAGACAAUAGAGCACUUUUAGCUCAUUGUAGGGUGUGUCCAUAGUGUCUAAUGUUAGCAAGAACUCUGGGCUUUAAUUGCUAUUAUUCUUAAAACACUAACUCAAAAGUUUUGCUCAACAAUUCCUUAAUUAUAUUUGUUAAAAGGGAAGCUGCUCUUAUUUGAACUUAUGAAGUAUUGCGCUAAGAACAUUUUCUCUUAGAGAAGGGAACAAAGGAUUUGUUCAAACUGCUGAGGAUAGAUGAACACAAAGUAGUCAGUUCUACAAGUCAAGUAAAAAAUGUCAACCUUCAACCCCCAUUACUGAUGAUUCUGAACAAUACUCUUAAAUGUGUAGGUGUUCAGUGUUGUAAAUAUUUUACAAGGUUGAAUAUGUAUGGAAAAGGAAUUACUUUUUACCUCCAAAUCAGACUGUUCACCUCCAUUCCCAAGACUGAGGUGGUACUUGCUACUCUAGUGGAAAGCAAGAGUCUUCAUUUACUGAUAUUUUGAAUUCACAGGCUAAUUUGACGUGUUCAUGACCUGGGAAUAUCUGCAGUUUGCAUACUCUGAAGCCUUUUUGGUUUCAGCAGUGAUGUUUGGUACUGCUAUGCAGCUGUAGGGUAGUAGCGGGUAAUGGCGUACAAUAAGCCUUUCAAAUUUUGGUGAUUUGGCUUUCACUGUGAAAACCCCAGAGUCCCAUCCUUUUCAUAAAUUAGGAGACUUCCAGCUGUGCCCACAUUGGUUUAAUUUAUUCCUACUAUAUAAUAUGCAAAGCAAGUCAUUGACAGCACCUGGGAUUAUCUAUGGAUUCCUUGGCACACGUUUGUGAGCAGAAAAAAAUUGUUCCAAUUAUAUCAGAUGUCAAGAAAUUUCUGAAUACUAUAAUAAUUUUUCCAAGGUUUUCAGAAUAAAUGUUCAGAAAAAAAAUGGUAUGUUUGCCUGUGAGAAAUCAUGUUGUAGCUGCAAUAGGGUUGAAAGAUUCAAAUUUCAACUAAUUUGAUUAAAUACACUAUUUUCAGCUUCAGCUGAUUUAUCUUGGUCAUAAUGAAUGUCAUUAAUUGCAUGGGGCUAAAGCACAUACGUAAAUGAUUAGAACUUAUUGUGAUCAGAGCUCAGGGAUGGUUUGUGACUAGUGAAGGCGAGGUGGGUCCCUCCAAGUACCCUAAAAUUAAGGUUAGUUGUCCCUUGCAACUGCCAAAGCUUAUGCACUGAGCCCCCAGUGUUGGAAUAAAAUCUGCUGUGAGAUGUAAGCUCUGCAUAUCCAAGACUUUUUUUUCUCCACAGGUUCUGGUCGAAUCUGCAUUGUCAUUCAUUUAGUGUGGACCUAUCUAAUAUAAUACUGCUGAUUUGAUUAACUGUGAUAGAAUCAAAUAGACACUUGACUGUACUGAUCAAUUGUUGAAGGACGUAUGGCAUUAUCAGAGGAGAAACUGUUGAAAUAGUUUGCUAGUGAUCUUUUUUUAUAUGUCUGCAUACUUUUUUGUGAGCUUUAAUGCUCACGUUCCGUGUGGUAUCUGCUCAAUUUUAUUUCAAGGAAGUACUCCAAAAAUUGUUUACUUUAAGCAUAUUGAAAAAAACCUUAGUUCUUUGAUCUGUGGGAUUAGCACUAGUUACUCAAACAUCCUGAAGUAAUGUCAAGUUUGAUCAAGAAAAAGUUUAUAACCUACCAUAGAUUUGAAUUUAACAUUUGAAUGUAAUGCUGCAUGUCAUAUUCAUACAGUGGAGUUAAUGUUACUUUAAUGUGUGUGUGAUGUCUAUUGUUGUGGUAAGGCUUAUUGUAAAAUGAGUAAAAAUUAUUAACAGAAACCUGCACAUGUUCUUAAAUUGUAUUCUAAUACUGGGUUGUGUAAUAAGUUUAAUACAGGGGUUCCCCGGGUUCCAUUUUACUGUUUUACCUGGUAUGAAUUAACUUCCUUUAUAUGUCCAGAACAGUUGAUUUAAGCUCUUUAUAAAUGUCUUUUUACUGAUUAUUCUUUGUAAUCUGUUAUGUAUAAGUUGUGCAGUGUUGUAUAUAUGAGAACAUGUAUAUGUAUAUAUACAGCAUGUUAAUGUCAAUAAGUGUAUAUUGAUUGUAAUCACUAAUAAUUUGCUAACAAUGCUAUUUGAAAUGAAUGUAACAUUGAUGUUAAUUAAAAAUGCUGGUUGCUUUCUCUGAUGUUACUCUCCCAAUUGCACAUCAGUUCCA